AGGUAGCGCAAGGUCUGCUGUCACACAGAGCUGCACAGGUGGAUAGUCAGGAUGAAGAGAGUGAGUUAUUGGAUUUGACCCGAGUUCCAUCAUAGUUUUUUUUUUUUGCUGUUUUUAUUUCCCUGUUUGGCACAAGAGAUGGCAAGCGAUAAUGGAUCAAAACCGGACGCCCUUGACGUCGCUGAUCAGAGGCCCUGUGUUCUUCUUGUCCCGUUGGACAAACCAAAGCAUCGUCAAAGUUGUUAUGACUGCUGCGUGCGCUGUCUGGGCGGGGUGCCCUACACCUCCCUGGUGGCCACGCUCAUGUGCUUCUCGGGCAUCGCCUUGUUCUGCGGCUGCGGGCACCAGGCGCUGACCGAGAUGGAGAGGCUCAUCGAGACGUACUUCGCUCGCAACCUCCAGGAUUACAUCACUCUGGCCUACCUUAUCCAGUAUUUCCAGUACAUCAUCUAUGGCCUGGCCUCGUUCUUCUUCCUGUAUUGCAUCUUGCUGCUGGCGGAGGGCUUCUACACCACCAGCGCAGUGAAGCAGACUUUCGGCGAGUUCAGGAGCACGGUGUGCGGCCGCUGUCUCAGCACAACGUUCAUUGUGGUGACCUACGUCCUGGCCGUCAUCUGGCUACUGGUGUUCGCCGUCUCGGCUCUGCCCGUCUACUUCUUCUACAACAUGGCCACCACGUGCCAUACCAUCGAUGCUCUCUCUGAGACAGCCACCAGCAUUAACCAGCUCUGCAUCGAUGCCAGACAGUACGGAUUGCUGCCCUGGAAUGCAAUGCCGGGCAAAGCUUGUGGAAUGACCCUGUCGACCGUUUGCCAAACGAGGGAGUUCUACCUGACCUAUGACCUCUACAUAGCUGCAUUUGCCGGUGCGGGAAUCACACUCUUGGCACUGCUCACCUAUGUGAUCUCCACCACCUAUAACUUUGCGGUGCUGAGGUAUCUGGGCAGGAAGGGCAUAGGCACGCGGUGUUAGGGUCUGUGUCCUGACUUCUCAUCUGUCCUGCGGACAAGCCCUGAAAGGGAACCACUCUGGAGUGUAAUGAUAUUCUCACACCCCUCCUUCACCUCUGCAAUUUUCCACAGACUGAAAAACAGGACUGCUGAAUUAGCAUUCUCAAAGGCACGUUCCACAUUGACAUGUAGUUGAAUUGACCCUCACUUGAACAGCAAGCUGAGAGUUGUGUCCAUCCUACUCUCAUUGGCUUAGUACCAAGUCCCCAGCCCCCCAGGUUUUAACUGUCUGCUCACAAUGGAGGGGGAUGCUGGAGAGUGUAGCAGGGAGCCAGUGGCUUCCUCGUUUUCCAUGGAUGCUGCUUUUUAAAUUUUGUUUUGUUUUAUUAAGAUUUUAAAAACUGCUCUUCAGAUUCAGUUUUGUUGACUCUACUGUUGUUUGUUUGUCGGCUGUUGCAUGUGUGUUCCGAUCCUCUUUUUUCCCUUUGUGGGUACCACAAAAUAAUCAUGCAGCAUUACCUCACACCUGCUGAAAAAAGUGGUCGUUAAAAGGUUUUUUCUUCGUGCACAAGAAAUUGUGCAUGCCGUAUAGUCACAAAACACAAAAAAUGAAAUGGUAACAACGCAUGUUUGUGAAUACAAAUCCAAGUUACAAACGGCAGUCGGUUAAGCUCCCCAAAUUCACACACAGAGACAUUAAAAAAUGAAAAACACAGUAGUGAACUUUGGUUGCCAUGGCAUCUCACAUCUGGUUGCCACGGCACCAGACGAGCCUGUGUUUGUAGUCUGGUCCUGACCCCACAUCUUUUCUCACAGUCUCUCACAAGCCUUUCUCCCACAAUGGAGUGGGGUGUCCUUAGUCCAAGGGGCGAUAGCAGGGGUGUCCCAUGACCAGGCUGUCACCAAACUCCACAUGAGGGUCAGUGGGAAAGAUUCCCUGGACAAAGAGGGGCUGAAACUAUUCAAUAAGCUGAAUGGAGCCCUUCUCCGACAUGCACAAUGUUGGAGUCAAAGCCCUUCUAUGGUGACUGAGGGAAAGGGAUGGGGAAGGGAGUUCUGGGUGGGGGAGAUUAACCAUUUCGCCUUCUCAUUCUUAAGACAGAGAUGGAUGAACAUGCAUACAGACAGUGUCUGCUGUUCUUUAGGUAGUGUUUGAGCAGUCAAAAGAGAAAAAAAAUUCAAGGCUAUUUUUGUAUGUGGAAUGGAAGAGCUCCUGACUAGGUGUAGUUGUAUAAAUUUUCAAUUAAUCAAACCACUUUAAUGGCUGAUUGUGCCAAAAUACUGCAGUGCCAUAUCUUGGCAGCUGUGACUCCCUUAAAAGGUAGGUAGAUGGUAAGGCAUUGAAUUUCUGUAUUCUGUGAUAGUAUUUAAACUAUGUGCCAUUUUGUUACUGAUUUACUGUUAGUAGUCCGUGUAAGUACUUAAUGUAUAACUACAUUUUUUUUAAUAAACUGUACUAA